UGGGCCAUCAACAGUCGCCCUUCCGUCCCGUCCGGUGGAGAAACUCGUGGCCGCUCUUCUCUUCUUCCCCUCCUACAACUACUCCUCGCCUCUCCCUUCUGCAGUUUUCUUUCUUUCCCUUGUUCUUGAUCGUCAUCGAUCAUCAUCAUCUUUCUCAUUCGGUCUGGAGGUAUCCUCACUUCUGGUUUCUUCUCCGUCGAUCCUCCCUGGCGACUCGCGUACAAUGCCGAUCUGAGUGGCUCCAGCAAGGUUUGCGCUCCCGUCUUUGGCUCGCUUUCUGCGCCAUCGGAUAAUUGUCGGUGUCUCAGGAUGCUCCCGUCCGGGACGCUCGACUCAUUUCUCGGCGCGACCAGCGACGCCUUCUGCAGCCCCCUGGCGGUCUUCAUCCAGAUUCAGGGAUGCGUAAUUUGUUUAACGCUUGCAUUGGGCUGGACUUUGGCUGCAUGUGUCAGGAAUAGAAUGAUUGAAAAGAUUAAAGAUCGAAUCCGGAUAGGCAAUAGCUUUGCAUUUCUGUGUGAUGAUAUUAAUGACCUUGAUCACUACAACCAGAUAAACUUGCCAAGAGUAUCAGUUGUCAUGCCCCUGAAAGGCUUUGGAGAACACAACUUGAAAAACUGGAGAACUCAGAUAACCUCCCUCUAUGGUGGGCCAUUAGAAUUUCUUUUUGUAGUUGAAAGUACUGACGAUCCAGCAUAUCAUGCUGUUUCCUUCUUGAUUUCAGACUUUAAGGAUUGCAUUGAUGCAAAGAUUGUUGUAGCUGGAUUAUCAACAACUUGCAGUCAGAAAAUUCAUAAUCAACUUGUAGGUGUCGAAAGAAUGCAUAAAGAUAGCAAAUAUGUCUUGUUCCUAGAUGAUGAUGUUCGGCUUCAUCCUGGGACCAUUGGAGCGCUCACUGCAGAGAUGGAGAAGAACCCCAAGGUUUUUAUUCAAACUGGAUAUCCUCUUGAUUUGCCCUCUGGGAGUCUAGGGAGCUACUGCAUUUAUGAAUAUCAUAUGCCUUGUUCAAUGGGAUUUGCGACUGGUGGAAGAACAUUUUUCCUGUGGGGAGGUUGCAUGAUGAUGCAUGCAGAUGAUUUCAGGAACGACCAUUAUGGUGUGGUUACUUCUCUUAGAGAUGGUGGAUACUCUGAUGAUAUGACCCUUGCUGCUGUAGCAGGUGCACAUAAGCAGCUAAUAACUUCACCACCAGUUGCUGUCUUUCCUCAUCCACUUGCAAGUGAUCUAAGUUUUGCAAGAUAUUGGAAUUAUUUGAGGAAGCAAACAUUUGUUCUGGAGUCAUAUGUUACAUGGGUCAAUUGGAUUAUGAACAAAGCUUUAUUUGCUGUACAUUGUUAUCUGUCCUGGUGUUUUGUUAUGCCAUAUUUUAUGGCAACAAUUCAUGUUGCAGCUGCAGUAAGAGUUGGACAUUAUGAUUCCUUAAGAAAAGAGACAUCGUACAAUUUUGGUUUAUGGCUUGUUGGAUGCUUGGUUGUAUCAACAACCAUUGAACUUCUUUCUAUGUGGAACCUCACGAAAGUUGAGAUUCAACUGUGCAAUAUGUUAUCACCAGAAGAACCACCAAUUUUAUUGGAUUCAUACAACUGGUGUCUUGUCUUCCUUGCCAUGUUAGUUGACAACUUUUUGUACCCAAUCUCAGCUAUGCGUUCGCAUUUUACACAGUCCAUAAAUUGGUCUGGUGUUCGGUACCACCUGAAAAAUGGCAAGGUGGACAAGAUUGAUCGGAUGAAGGAACCUGUCCUGUCAGACUUGGGCGGAAAGCAUCUAUAUAAUAAAAAAGGCCAUCCAUUCAGUGCUUCUUUCCUGAAAUCGCUAAGCAGGAGUUUUAUGCAACGACGACAACUGAAGAAACAUGGUGACGAUUAAGGCACAAGGUUUUUACAAUAUUCGAGUUCUUUCCUGGAUAUGAUAUCUGAGCCUUCAGGAAUUUUGUAAUACACAUUUUGUCAGUCCUGUAUUAUUUGCCAAGUGAAACUUCCCUAUGGCUACUCAUGAGUCCUGAGAAGCUCCUUUCUUCUGUAUUUUUCUUGGUUCCAUUGAGGUUCAACCUACCUUUUUGUUUUACAGUUGAUCGAUUCCUUUCAAGUCCUUCCCUAAACUGGAUUGGACGUCCAUGUCUGUAAAAUUACUUAAGCCGGGAUAGCUGAGUUACAUCAUUCUUUUCAUCUAAGUUCCCCUACCUUGGCUUUCUGAAGGUACUGUUAAGUCUGGCAUUCUAUCCGUGGAAUUUGUAGUUGAAUCUUGGAUUUGGGUUGAUACCCAUGUCCAUUAAUGACCUUUCAAUCUCUUGAUUAUUCAAUUCUUGGCAUUGGCAUGUGGUUCUUUGCCCUGUUUUUCAUGUGAUCUGGUAUUUUUCUCUUAAGAUGUGAUAUCAUCUCUUUUAAUAUGUCUUUUAGCAAUAGGCAGUUUGGAUCGGGUCGGAUCUAAUCAGAAUCCAAAUCUAAGCCGCCUCUAGCUUCGGAUCCAAUAUUUUGUAUGCAUGUAGCUUUGAACUCAAAUUGUAAUUCUGACUCAGUUGCAAAAUUGCUUGAGCUUGAGGGAGAUGCUUGGGCCCUCGUUUCUUCAGCAAGCCCACUUGGUUGUCUUCAGAUCCGGGUUUGCAAUC